CCGUUAACACAAUUUGGUAGUGCAGCGUUCAAUACUGCCAGCUGUUAGAGUUCAUUUUACUUUAAUUAAAUAGUUUAAUUAUUUGUUUUUCACUUUAACAGUUAAACGGAUCGACUGUUAGACGUUCCAAGAAUCGUUAGUUGUACCGGAACCGGAAGUAACGGAAAGCAAGCUUUUAUAGCACUGAAAAUGUAACGAGACUGUAGUAGGCAGGAGAAGACAUCCAUCGUACUUCAGAGUGAAGUAAAGGACUGCCUGUCUAAUAUUUGCCAUUGUGAUUUUAAACAGCUCUGUCUCCAGGCUGUAAAUGUGAAGAGAAACCCUGAGAAGAUAAGUUGAGUAAAGCCUUUUCAAGUUACAGAUGCCAUGGAGUCAAGAAAAUCUCUAAUCAAGGAAGAAUACUGUGAAUGGGAGUCUCUUCAUGCUACCCAAACGGCAGGCCACAUGAAGCAGGAGGAUUGUGAAUGGGGACCAGUUUCUCUGAAGGGGAACAGUUUUGAGUGGGGAACUGUCACCAUUAAAACGGAGCCGCCUGAACAAGUAUGUAUCAACUUUCAGAUGGAAAGUAAUGCAAUUUUAGACACUUUCAGAGAAGACGCAUCAUCAGAAAGUGAUACUACGUUUAGCGCCAGGCUGACAGUCAAGCAGGAAAUGGCGGAUGGUGGGUGCAGUGAGAUAAGAGAAGGCUCUGCUCAGUGGUGUUCUGUUCAAGUGAAGUCUGAAAUGCUGGAAUCUAAUGGCAUCAUAACUGAAGAUACCUGCAGCAUCAAAGACAAACGAGAACAACCAGUGUUUGCUAGCUCGCAUGAAAACAGCAACUGCUCCCUGUCAUCAGAGACUCUGGCCAGUCAAUGUCUUGGAAAUAUUAGUAAAGAAAAGUGUGCAUCAGAAAUGAGAAAUUUAGCCAGUUGGCAGCACAAUAAAAUAUGUUCUAGUAUUGAUAGUAUUGAAAAGCUUAAGGACACAUUGAUGGAAUUCCACAACAGAAGCAGUCUUUGUGGCCUUAUGAGAACUGAGACUGGAGAGAAGCCAUACUGCUGUUCUGAAUGUGGCAAACGAUUCUCACAAAUGAGCAAUCUUCAUACACACAAGAGAAUCCAUACUGGAGAAAAGCCUCAUUGCUGUUCAGAAUGUGGUAAGCGAUUCUCACGCUCGACUAGUCUUAAAACACAUUUGAGAAUUCACACUGGAGAGAAACCACACAGCUGCUCUGAAUGUGGGAAGCGAUUCUCACAAGUAAGCAGUCUUCAAACUCACCGGAGAAUUCACACUGGAGAGAAGCCACAUUGCUGUUUGGACUGUGGUAAACAGUUCUCAUGCGUAAGUAAUCUUCAGAGUCAUAGAAGAAUCCACACGGGUGAGAAAUCGCAUUGCUGUUCCGAAUGCGGUCGACUGUUUUCUGAAAUAAGCAACCUUCAGGUACACAUGAGAAUCCACACUGGAGAGAAGCCACAUAGCUGUUCAGAAUGUGGUAAACAAUUCUCAAAAAUAAAUAAUCUUAAAAGACAUAAAAUAAUCCAUACAGGUGAGAAACCCUACUCCUGUUCAGACUGCAACAAACAUUUCUCACGCCGGAAUAAUCUUCAGAUCCACAUGAAAAUUCAUACUCGAGAGAAGUGCAGAUAGGACUGUUUAGAGAAAUGAUUGUACAUCUUGUUGUAUAACUUGUUGUGUACUGUGUAUUAAUGACCAAGAAAGAGUAACACAAAACAAAUAUCUAUUUUUAUAUCACAUGAGACGUACCCAUCCAUGUUGCUACCUGUAAACCGGCUAUCAAGGAAUUCCAUUAAAUGCAGUCUGAAAUCAGCAACAUCUAGAAAAAGACAGCAGCUAGGAGUUUUUCUUUUUGUCACUGGACAUGGAAUAACUUGCAGGUAUGGGUAAAAGGGAUGGCUUCGAGGGGGACAUGGUACUAGCACUGCUGCCUUGCAGUAAGGAGACUGUGGUUCAUGUCCUGGGUCUUUUGGGACAUACAGUGUGCUUGUUCUCCUCGUCUCUACUUGGGUUUCCUUCCGCAGUCCAAAGACAUGUAGAUUAGGUGGAUUGGCCAUUCUAAAUUGGUCUCUGAUGUGCAGGUCUUAACCUUAAGAUGGACUAGUGCCCUGUCCAGGGAUUGGUCCUUCCUUUUACCCAAUAUUGGGAUAGGCUGCAGUUUCCCUGUGCUCUUGCACAUGUGGAAAAUGGCUUGAGGGAGUGGGUUUGAAUAAUCAGUAGGUCAGGCCUGAAAUGGUGAAUUCUGCUGUGAAUUUCAGGAUAUGAAAAAUAAAUAACUGGCUGCCUAAAGUUUCUUUUAAAAAUAUAUUGCCUCCUUUACUUGAGACUUGCUUAGUCUACAGUACUAAAAAUGAAAGGAGAAGGAAGAGCUGAGGUGGUCCUAAGGCUGACGCAUUCGGCUCAUAAACUGAAUUAGAAAAGUGUUUUAUAAACAAAGAAAUGUUAAGUACAUGCCAAAAACAAAUACACUCUAUGGCCAAAAGUGUGUGGACCCCACUACUCCAAAUGACUGAUUCAUUGUUAACAGGUGCACUACACUGGACACCUAGCCAUGUGAUCUCUCCAUUGCCAAACUGAAGACCUCUGUGAAUUUAAAAGGUGCACCGUCAUAGAAUGGCACCAUUGCCACCCAUCAGGAUAUGAAGUUAAGGCUCUGCUGAUCCGCCCCAGUGAACUUUAAGUGCUAUUAUUGUGAAGGAGAAGGAGCAACAACGGUUCAGUCACGAUGAGGUAGACCACACUAACUCACAGAGUGGGGCUGUCAAGUGCUGAAGCACAUGUCAUGUAAACACCACCUCCCUCCAUGGCCUCACGUACAACA